UUAAAAGCUUUAGCUAAUAAUGCUGAUGAUGAUGAAUUCUCUAUGACUUCAGAAGAAAAAAAUAAUCCUCGUCAACUUAAAAAAGCUAGUAAAAAUAAUAAUUUUACCAAAGAGUGUGAAUUUUUUAAAAAGCAAAGUUUGGAUUGUCAUGUUAUUACUAGUGAUCAUCAAAUAGUCUGUGCUGCUCGAAUGAAAUCUCAAGUUACUUUGUAUUCUAGUUUUGCAGUUCAAAUAGAAACUGAUCAAAUUAAAAGCCCAUAUGGUAGCUAUCAAAAUAAUAUUGCAGCUCACGAAUUUAUUGAGUCAAUUGGUCAUGUUAUAGAACAAGAG